GUCUUUUUGUCAAAAUGAUGAAGGCGCCAGUAGUUCUCUUGCUGUUUUCAACUGUGUUCCUUGCUUAUGCAGCUGCCUAUAAAAGAUUCGAUAACUAUAAGUUAGUUGAGGUAGUGCCAACCAGUGAUGACCAGUUGAAUUUUCUGAAAGAUUUAGCCCGGGACUAUGUUCACAUCGACUUCUGGAGGCCACCGUCUUUUUUGCACGUCAAAACCACAAUGAUGAUGUCCGCUGAGACAUUCGACGACUUUGAAAAGUUCGUCGACUACACGCUUAUGCCGUACGAGGUGGUCAAUCAUAACCUUCAGCAAUUGGUUGAGGAAGAGCAGUUGGCAAUGAACCUGGCAAGAAGUAAUGUGGGUGACGCUGAUAGCUACAUGGAUUUGAACACAUUCAACAACUUGACAAAAAUCUAUGAUUGGUUAGAUACACUUCCGGCAAAAUGCCCUAAGACCCAUACGUGCCAGGUUUACAGCGUUGGUGAAUCGUAUCAGAAAACUCCAAUUAAGGCCUUUAAGAUAAUGAAACCAGGCUCGAAUCGGAAAUCCUGGUACUUGGACGCUACAACACACGCCAGGGAAUGGAUCACCACUGCCACCAUUUUAAAAAUCAUUGAUCAUCUGGUACUUGGUAAGAACGCGGACGCAAAGGAACUCAUUGAGAAAUAUGACUUCUAUUUCAUUCCAAUCGUCAAUCCAGACGGAUAUAACUUCACAUUUCUCGAGAAUCGAAUGUGGAGGAAGAACAGACGCCCAACAAAAGCUGGAUGUUUCGGUGUCGACCUCAACAGAAACUUUGCUGCAACUAACUGGGGAAAGGAAGGCUCAAGCAGCUCAGAGUGCUCGGAGACCUACAAAGGACCGUCCGCCGGCUCCGAACCGGAAACAACAGUCGUCUCGAAUGAACUGAAACGCAUCGCGUCGCACACCAUUGUCAUGCUGACCAUGCAUUCCUAUGGGAAUAUGUACAUGCUCCCAUUUGGGAACACCAUCAACUACACUGGGAAAGUGUGUGAGAGGUCCAAGGAUCACGAUGAGUUGAUGGUUGGUUUGAACAAGAUGGCAGACGCCACACAGGCCACGUACAACACCAAGUGGUUAAGAGGGAACGGAUGUGAAGUCAUAUAUCCCACCACUGGCAGCACCGACGACUACACUAAAGACAAACUGGCCAUCAAGUAUUCCAUAUGCGCCGAGCUAAGGGGCAAGAGUUUCGUGAUAUUGCCCUCGGAAAUUGAGCCCUCCUUCCGAGAGGUUUUCAAUGGAAUAGUGGCUCUUAGUAGAAGCAUUAAAUAUUGAAAAAAUUAAGGAAAAAACUGUUUUGCGCUAUAUUAUAUUAAUUAAUUAACUUAGUUAACUAAUUAAUUAACCUAUUAACAAAUUGAAUCAUCUAUCUUGUUUUAAUAAUGAUGAAAAAAUUAGCAGCAGACACAAGUUAUUCUGUUCCUUUCCAAAGUUUAUUAGAAUGAAAAUAAUGAUUUCGUUAUGUACAAAA